UAAUAGUCGGCUGAGGUGACGGCGAAGACUCGAAGCUUCAUUAACGUUGUUGGACUCGCUCGUCCGGCCAGAGGCGUAUACGCACAUACACAGUCUGGACGCGCAUCUUAUAACUGGCCUCCCAACAACAACAGCAUGUUGCGCACGUUGAACUCCACAUAAAUCUCAGUCGUCUUUGUCCUGUAUAUUUUUCUUUUCUCUGCAAGUCACCAAAGAGUGCGGCUGUGUUUGACAUUUCUGAUGCUGACCGCCUAAUCGACGUAGGUAAGGUAAGCACCGAGGUACGGCUUUUAUUUAUGCCAAAUCUAGUCCAAACAGGAGAGGGGGAGAGAAAAUCGAGUCCAUGGUCUAGCUGUCUAUAUAUAUAAGCCAUGGUAAGGCUGGUGCAAGACCAGUAAUUAAGCGCUGGAGGAAGAGAAAGGGUUGGAAGGCAAAGAGAGGAAGAGGAGAGGGACGUUUGCCUUGCUCCAAAGAGAGAUGAUGAAGGAAGAGAGGCAGCUUAGCAGCCACGAAGAGUGGUUGAAAGACGAGAUGAAAGAUGAUCAUCGGGUUAAGGAUGACAAUUUUCGCAAGUUCUUCAAGAACAAAUCAAGCACGGAACCGGAGGUUCUACAAGACAGGAUUGCAUCCACAAGGGAAGAGAUGGUUGAAGUAAGAAAAGAGAACGAGAGGCUCAAGUCGACGCUGUCGCGGAUGAUAGAGGACCAUCGAUCUCUUCAAAAGAAAUUGGAUGUUCUCCACCAAGGACGAGGCAAGAACCGCAUUGACUCGCAUGAUCAUGCCUUGCCCGCCAACAUCGAGGAGCCUGGGUUCGUCUCGUUGACCCUUGGCACGAGCACCAGUAGGUACAACACGGAAGAGAAGAGUACUAAUUCAGAAGGCAAGGGCAUAGAAGGGUCUCUGAAAAUUAGAGAAAGGGGCAUCUCUCUUGGACUGUCAGACAACCGAGUUGGUAGUGCAACUGAUCACAGUGAGACAAAGGUGCAGCGGGAUGUGCUGGUAUUGAGCCCUGAAGGUAGCUCCGACAAGGCUGCCAAGGAGGACCCCAUGGAGACGGCGCAGUGGCCGCCGAGCAAAACGCUGAAGAACCAGAUCGAGGACGCCGUAGCUCCACAGCCCAUGGCCAAGAAGGCCAGGGUCUCGGUGAGGGCAAGGUGUGACACACCAACGAUGAAUGACGGGUGCCAGUGGAGGAAGUAUGGUCAGAAGAUAUCGAAGGGGAACCCGUGCCCGCGAGCCUACUACCGGUGCACCGUUGCGGUAGGAUGCCCGGUCAGGAAGCAGGUGCAGAGAUGCUCCGACGACAUGUCGAUCCUGAUCACCACUUAUGAGGGCGCCCACAACCACCCGCUCUCCGCCUCCGCCGCCGCCAUGGCCUCCACCACCUCCGCUGCGGCGUCCAUGCUCACCUCCGGCUCCUCUACCUCCCUUGGCAGCUUCCCCGGCGCUGCGUCCAGCCUCAGCUUCGACUUAUCGUCCGCGGCUAACGGGUCCAACCUGCAUCCGGGCGGCUCUCGGCCAUUCUUCCUCCCGUCGGCCACCGCCGCGUCCAUCACCGCCACCCCGUCUUACCCCACCAUCACCCUUGACCUCACCUCGCCUGCCAUGUCGCAAGGUUUCUCCCUCAACAACAGGUUCUCCUCGGGCUUCACCAGCUCACACAGCACCACUAGUAGAUACCCUUCCACGAGCUUCUCCUUCUCCGGCUCCGCCACCACCGCAUGGCCGGCCGCCGGUGGGUACUUGAGCUACGGACCAUCUUCGGGCGCGUCGCCCUACAAUGGCGCCGGCAAGAGCCCGUUCGAAGCUGUGCUGAGCAGCAACCCUGGAAGGCAAGGAUCGACAUCGCUCUACCAGCCAGUGUUGCAGAGAGCGGCUUCCGUGAGCGGUAGCGGGACGGCCACGGCUGCACCGCCGAGUGUGCUAACCGACACCAUAGCCCAGGCGAUCUCAUCGGACCCGGGUUUCCACACGGCGCUCGCGGCCGCCAUCACAUCGUACGUCGGCAAGCCGGCAGGAAGAGGAGGAGGCAGCAAGGGGAUCCAGUGGGGGGAGCACCUCGGGCUGGGGCCGUCAAACGCGGCCACAGCCACGGCAUGCUCAUCGGCAUUGCUGGCACGUUCCUCAUCGUUACCCUCCACGGCGCAGAGUAGCUCGAGCGGUCAGAUGUUCUUCAAGCCGUCGCUGGCACUGUCAGGCUCGACGAGUCCUUCAACGUCUCCUGUGAAGAACAGGGAGCACAUUAAUUAGUGCAGGGCUUUGAAGCUUCUUUUGGAGUUUGUUCAUCGGUGUAAAUAUCCUGACUGUUAGCAUAACUAUUGAAAAUGUUUUGAUUGAUUCAUCAUUGAUCAUGUAAAUGAUGUCAAACAGAUA